UUGCAGUGAAUUAAUUAUCUGUCAUCUUUUACGAAAGUUUGUCUCUCUACGUACGCUUUGAGCUUUUGAAAAUUUUAUCGGAAUUGUUAUUCAUGCAGCAAAAAUCGAAUGGAAGAAGUGAUACGAAAACAGUUGGGAUUGAAAAUGCUCGAACCAUUCGGUGGUACAGCUGGUGGAUGUAUCAGUAAAGGAAGUGGUUAUCAUUCUGAUCUUGGUGACCUGUUUAUCAAAUUUAAUGAACGUGAGAAUGCUAAGCGUAUGUUCGAUGGAGAAUUCGCAAGCCUGGAAGCUAUUUAUCGUACAGAAACAAUACGUGCACCAAAGCCAAUCAAGGUCUCUAAGAACUAUUCAGCAAUUAUUGGAAAUAACUAAAAUUAAAAGUUUUAAAAGUAUAUCCGAUAGCAACCGGCAUUGUUUGGUUACGGAAUACAUUGACUUACAUGGUUCUUCAAAACCCUCACAGCUUGGUCGAGAUUUGGCACGGAUGCAUAUGCAUAAUGCAUUUUUGUUGAAAGAAAAAGAGCGUGCAAGUAGUUUUGUUGGCGGUCAGGAAAAAGCCGCUGAACCAAUUACACAGUUCGGAUUUCAUGUACCCACUUGUUGUGGUUAUUUGCCCCAAAUGAACGAAUGGUGCGAUGAUUGGAUGAAUUUCUUCGUGCAGAAUCGAUUGAAAUAUCAAAUCGACAUGCUGUUGGAAAAACAUGGUGACAGAGAUAUGCUUUCAUUAUGGCCUCAGUUGGAACGAAAAAUCCCGACAUUCUUCAAGGAUACUGGGAACAUUGUUCCAGCUCUCGUCCACGGAGAUUUGUGGUCUGGAAACUAUUCGUAUUGUGCGGAUGGCCCAGUAGUUUUUGACCCUGCUUCAUUUUAUGCACACAGUGAAUAUGAACUUGGUAUAAUGAAAAUGUUCGGAGGCUUCGGUAGCGUGGUUUAUUCUGCUUAUCACGAAAUCAUUCCUAAAGCGAAAAACAUUCAGAAACGUGUUCAGUUGUACGAACUGUUCCACCAUCUAAAUCAUUGGAAUCAUUUCGGUAGUGGAUACAAGAGUGGCACAAUUUCCAUUAUGUAUUCUUUAUCUUGAGGAUUGCAAACGUGGUUAUUGCACAGUGAAAAUAAUAAAAUGAUAUUGAAUUUAUGCGUUUUAUUGGAGUCAACAUGUGAUGAAGAAUAAUGUGAUAUCGGUCAUCUGUGCAUCUCUGCACAUAAUUCGUUACGGUCGGAGAACAAGUGGUAUACUAACAAAUGGAUUGUUUUCCUUUCCUGUGUGUUUUCCUGCAAAAUCUCGACUUCAUGGGUUCUGAUAAUAAUUGAAAAUAAAAUUACUAUUGUAGCUGUAUAUUAUUGCGCUAUAAAUAUUUUG